GUUAGGAAUAAAAAUUGGAAACCUCCGAGGGACGAAUACUUCUCUCUAAUAUCCAAGUCAACGUCGCCAUCAUCUCUCUCUUAAAUAGGCGUGCUUAUUUCGCACUCAAAUUUGGAGAUGAGAGCAAUGGAAAGGACAUGGACACCAGAAUAAGAAGGUGGUGAUGAUUCUCUGAUUCCUUAUUCUCAUAUUUUUUCGAGCUGUGAAACAAGAAAUGCGUCCAUAGCUUCUGAAAGUCACAGGCUUUGGAACAUUUUCACUGAAUGAGUGAUGAUGAUGGCGGGUGGCAGUAGCAAGAACCAUGUCCUCCCUGUCUCAUCCAUGGGCCUCGAAAGGGCUGACUCUCUUCACCCCAAGCCCUCCUCCUCCGCCCUUACUAAGCGUGGUGCUUAUGCUGCUCUUUCCUACAUGACCUGUGCAGUACUUUUGGUGAUGUUUAACAAAGCAGUUCUUUCUUCGUACAAAUUCCCGUGUGCUAAUGUCAUCACACUGCUUCAGAUGAUCUGUUCAACUUCAAUUCUUUAUGUGAUGAGGCGGUGGAAGAUCAUUUCAUUUACCAUGGGGGAAUCAUAUACAGCAUCUGCUGACAGCUCCACGAGCCUUGUACCGAUGGAGACAUUGCUUCACACUCUGCCUCUUGCUCUAUCUUAUUUGCUUUACAUGCUGGCCUCAAUGGAAUCUGUACGUGGAAUCAAUGUUCCAAUGUACACUGCUAUUAGGAGGACAACUGUGGUGUUCACGAUGAUUGUGGAAUAUCUUCUUACUGCACAGAAGUAUUCAUCUUCUAUAAUUGCCAGUGUGGCUGUUAUAGUUUUUGGAGCAUUUAUUGCUGGAGCUCGGGAUUUGUCAUAUGACUUUCAUGGCUAUGCCAUUGUUUUGGUAUCCAACAUAGCUACUGCUAUAUACUUGGCAACUAUAGCCCGCAUUGGGAAAUCAAGUGGCCUGAACAGCUUUGGUCUUAUGUGGUGCAAUGGAUUGAUUUGUGGACCAAUUUUACUCCUAUGGACGUAUUUUAGGGGUGAACUGGGGACAACAGUGAAUUUUUCUUAUUUAUAUUCUCCAGGCUUUCAGGCUGUGAUGCUGCUUUCUUGUAUAAUGGCUUUUUUCUUGAAUUACAGCAUAUUUCUUAACACAACACUCAACUCUGCUGUUACGCAGACCAUGUGUGGUAAUUUAAAGGACUUUUUUACUGUUGGAAUUGGUUGGUUGUUAUUUGGUGGACUGCCUUUUGAUCUGCUAAAUGUUAUCGGACAAGCCCUUGGGUUUCUUGGCUCAGGUUUUUAUGCCUACUGCAAAAUCAAGGGCAAAUAGCUUUAGACUAACUUGAGAAAGAUGAUGAUCUAAUGAUGAGUUAUUAGAGCUACUAUUCUCGAGCAAUCGGCAAGAGUCUAACAAGCACAUAGGUUAUCCGUAUGCUGGAAGAAAUUCUGGGCAAUGCUGAUUCAUUUGAUACCUCGUAAUCUUUUGCAGUACUUGCUGUUAUGGCAUCCUUUUUGAUAUAGUCUUCUGUUUGGGAAGAAAAGAAAUCAAAGUUAAAUGGAGUUGAGAGUUGUUCAAGGGAUUGUGGAGAGUGGCUAUUUUCUGGCACACACAUUGUGAGAAGCUUUUUGUGUAAGAGUUGAAACCCGGUUGAGUAACAGGACUGUUUCAGAAAGAAAAAGAAGAUUUUAUUCUCGUUUUUUUUU